GUCCGGCUGCCGGUGCCGCCGCCGGUCCCGGGCUCCGCCAUGGCCUCGAACUGCGCGGGGGGUUCGUCGGCGGGGAGCGUGGGGACGGCGCUGGGCUCGGCCCUCAGCGCCAGCAAGACCAAGACCAAGAAGAAGCACUUCGUGUGCCAGAAGGUGAAGCUGUUCCGGGCCUCCGAGCCGCUGCUCAGCGUCCUCAUGUGGGGGGCCAACCACACGAUCAAUGAACUCAGCAAUGUCCCUGUCCCUGUCAUGCUAAUGCCUGAUGACUUCAAAGCCUACAGCAAGAUUAAGGUGGACAAUCAUCUCUUCAACAAGGAGAACUUGCCCAGCCGCUUCAAGUUCAAGGAGUAUUGUCCCCUGGUGUUCAGGAACCUCAGGGAGAGGUUUGGCAUCGAUGACCAGGACUACCAGAACUCUGUGACUCGCAGUGCCCCUGUGAACAGCGACAGCCAGGGCCGCUGCGGCGCGCGCUUCCUCACCACCUACGACCGGCGCUUCGUCAUCAAGGCAGUGUCCAGCGAGGAUGUGGCUGAGAUGCACAACAUCUUAAAGAAGUACCACCAGUUCAUCGUGGAGUGCCAUGGCAACACCCUCCUGCCCCAGUUCCUGGGCAUGUACAGGCUGACUGUGGAUGGAGUGGAAACCUACAUGGUGGUCACCAGAAAUGUCUUCAGCCACAGGCUGACUGUGCACAGGAAAUAUGACCUGAAGGGCUCAACAGUAUCCAGGGAAGCAAGUGACAAAGAGAAGGCCAAGGACCUGCCCACCUUCAAGGACAAUGACUUCUUGAAUGAGGGUCAGAAGCUGCAUGUGGGAGAAGAGAGCAAAAAGAACUUCCUGGAGAAGCUGAAGAGGGAUGUGGAGUUCCUGGCGCAGCUGAAGAUCAUGGACUACAGCCUGCUGGUCGGCAUCCACGACGUGGACCGAGCCGAGCAGGAGGAGAUGGAGGUGGAGGAGCGAGCAGAGGAGGAGGAGUGUGAGAAUGAUGGGCUGGGGGGCAACCCCCUCUCCUCCUAUGGCACCCCCCCCGACAGCCCUGGCAACCUCCUCAGCUACCCACGCUUCUUCGGGCCCGGCGAGUUCGACCCUGCCGUCGACGUCUACGCCAUGAAGAGCCACGAGAGUGCCCCCAGGAAGGAGGUUUACUUCAUGGCCAUCAUCGACAUCCUGACGCCCUACGACACCAAGAAGAAGGCAGCGCACGCUGCCAAGACAGUGAAGCAUGGGGCUGGGGCAGAGAUCUCCACUGUCAACCCUGAGCAGUACUCGAAGCGCUUCAACGACUUCAUCUCCAACAUCCUGACAUAGUCAGGGUGGUCCUCAGCCUUCAGCCAGCGAGGAAGAGGAGAAGGGAGGCUGCUUCCCGGCAGAGAAGGCAGCCCUGUGAGGCCCUGACACAGACACUGUAGCAGCAUGUGGGGUGUGCAUGGGUGUGUGUGGGUGGUGAGUGUGCAAGGGGUGUGUGUGGCACUGUGUGACUCCGAGAGACGACAGCAGCAGCAGCAGCAGCAGCAGCUCCUUCCCGGUGCACCCUCGGGCAGGCCACUGGCCCCAGCUGGCACAAGUGGAGUUUGGAUGGUCCAGAAGUGCCCAGACCUGGCUGAUUUUUACCUUGGUGUUUCUGGAGGGCUCUUCCCCAGCCCAGCCCAAGUGCAUUGUUUCAGCACUGCUCUUCCCCAGCGACUCCUUCCCUCCCCACCCUCCCCCCGGCCCCCAGAGGGCAGCUGGAGAGGUGGCCCUGGCUGGCAGGGAGAUGCUGAGUGAGGGGCUGGGGGGGCAAGUGGCAGCAGUGCCUGAAUGCCACAAGCUGCUGCUCCUUGGGGUUGUCUGGGGAGUCCUUUUUUAGGCCAGAAAGACCUGGGGGGGGUUAGUUUAGUUCACCUUUAUUUCACUUUUAGUUUAUUUCACUUUGAUUUUAUUUUACCUUUGUUUUCUUCCUUCCCCUUUCUCUUCUCUUCCCUUCCCUUCUCCUUUCUCUUCUCUUCCCUUCUCCUUUCUCUUCUCUUCCCUUCUCCUUUCUCUUCCUUUCCCUUCCCUUCUCCUUUCUCUUCUCUUCCCUUCCCUUCCCCUUUCUCUUCUCUUCCCUUCUCCUUUCUCUUCUCUUCCCUUCUCCUUUCUCUUCCUUUCCCUUCCCUUCCCUUCUCCUUUCUCUUCUCUUCCCUUCUCCUUUCUCUUCCUUUCCCUUCCCUUCCCUUCUCCUUUCU